AUGAUCGAGUCCAAGGAAAAGACAUGCAGCGAUGCAAAGCAGCCGAUACUUGUCCAUGACGUGAUUAGAUCGAUCUUGGAACGUUUGAGCUUUGUUGAUUUUCAUCGAGCCAGAUGCGUCUCUUCUGCAUGGUAUUCCGCUUCGAAAUCAUGCAUGGGAGUAACAAACCCUAAAACUCCAUGGAUCAUCCUUUUUCCGGACGGUAAUUCAUGUAAGCUGUACGAUCCUCUUGACCAUAAGUCUUACACGAUAAAAGAUGAUCAUCUCGGGUUUGAUUUCGCUACGAGUCGUUGUUUGGCUAGUUCAGGAAGCUGGUUCCUGAUGUUGGUCCAUAGAUCCGAUUUUUAUCUUGUGAAUCUGUUUACUCGUGAGAGGCUUCCUCUUCCGUCUAUGGAAUCAUUCGAGGACGUUAGAGUAGGCAGUGCCGUUUUGUGGGUUGAUGAAACAAGUAGAGAUUACUUAGUCGUGUGGAGUUCUGCUAGCUCGUUUGCAUAUUACAAGAAAGGAGAUAAUAAUCAAGAAACCUGGAAAUUGCUCAAUCCUUUUAAGAAUCAUGAAGUUGGCUGCGUCGAUAUGGUGUUUAAACAAGGUAAGCUUUACGUGCUUGGUACCACUCGAAACGUCACUGUUGUUGAUUUCUCCGGCAGUGAUUCUCCAAUGGAAUGUGCAAGUUUGCCACCUACGCGUAAUUUCCUUCAUAGACCGCAUCUCAACAAUAUUGCUGUGACUUUGUCUGGAGAAAUUUUGAUCAUUGCAAGCGUGGAACUAUCUCCCGGGAGACGCAUCUUCAACGUCUUCAAGUUGGAUCCGAAAUCAUCAGCAUGGAUAUCUACCAACUCUAUAGGGGACCAAGUAUUGCUUUUGGAUCUAGGGAUAACGGUUGCAGCCAAAGAUGGAGUUAUGAGAAAUUGCAUAUAUUUUAGUCUAUGCAAAGAUGAUAACCGUUUAUGCGUCUACCAUAUCAAUACCGGCAAGGUUAUCCAAGUGUUUGAUCAUCUAACUGCUUCCUCGCCAAUACAUUUUAAGGAUGCUCGUUGGUUUUUCCCCACUUUUGGUGGAAGAUGGUUGCAUUAA